AUGAAGACUUUGCACAAAGUUGACCAAUACAUAUGUUACCUCAAUUUCUUGCUUAUCAAAAGCAAUGAACUAAGAAUAAUAGUCUCCUCUAAAUCUGAUUCAGCUAUUCAAGAAGAAAUGAAGUUUCUUGAUUGGUUUCUUCUUCUCUUGAUCAUCGCUCUUACCAUUCUGAGAUCAGUCCAAGCUCAAAACCAAGCAGGAUUCAUCAGCUUGGAUUGUGGAUUGGUUCCAAAGAACACCAAUUAUGUAGAGAAGACGACUAAUAUAACAUACAAAUCAGAUGCGGAUUACAUUGAUAGUGGAUCGGUCGGGAAGAUUAAUGAUGCAUACAAGACUCAGUUUCAGCAACAACUUUGGUCGUUGAGAAGCUUCCCUGAGGGUCAAAGAAACUGCUACAACGUCAACGUCACAGCGAAUAGCAAAUAUCUGAUCAGAGGAAGCUUUGUGUAUGGGAACUAUGACGGCCUUAAUGAACUCCCUAGCUUUGAUCUUCAUAUUGGUCCUAACAAAUGGUCUUCUGUUACAAUAGAAGGAGUAGCAAAUUUUUCAAUGACCGAGAUCAUCCAUGUCGUAACACAAGAACGUCUUCAAGUUUGUCUUGUUAAGACAGGACCAACAACACCGUUCAUCUCAUCGCUUGAGCUUCGUCCAUUGAAUAAUAAAAGUUACGUCACACAAACCGGGUCAUUGCAGCGCUUCGCCAGAAUAUACUUUUCAAGCAGUUCAAGGGUCAUAAGGUAUGAUGAGGACCAAAACGACCAAGCAUGGAGUCCAUUCUUGAAUUCUGUUACCUCAACGAUAAGCACUGAUCUCAAAGUUGAUACAAGUCUAAGCUUCUACGAGGUUCCUCAAGCCGUGAUAAAGACUGCUGGUGUCCCAGCAAAUGCUAGUGAGCCAUGGAGCAUAUGGUGGACUCUUGAUGAACCCACUGACCUCUCAUAUGUAUACAUGCAUUUCGCCGAAGUCCAAACUCUAAAAGCCAAUGACAUUAGAGAGUUUAACAUUACUUACAACAAUGGUAUUAUUUGGUACCCCUUUUUAAGGCCUAAAAGUCUAAAAAUUUCAUCGUUCGCCAAUCCAAGGGCCAUAAGUUCUCCUGAUGGGAAAUUUAAUUUCACUUUUACAAUGACUGGUAACUCAACUCUUCCUCCACUUCUCAACGCACUCGAGAUUUAUACAGUUGUAGACAUUCUACAGCUUGAGACAGAUAAGGAUGAAGUUUCUGCUAUGAUAAACAUCAAGAAGACAUAUGGUUUAAGCAAAAAGAUAAGCUGGCAAGGAGAUCCGUGUGUUCCUCAGCUUUACCUGUGGGAAGGUUUGAACUGUAGUUAUCCUGAUUCUGAGCCAUCACGGAUCAUAUCCUUGAAAUUGAAUGGGAGCGAGUUGAUCGGUACCAUAACAUCUGACAUAUCCAAGCUAACACAGCUAAUAGAGCUAGAUUUGUCAAAUAAUGAUUUAUCAGGAGAGAUUCCAGCAUUUUUUGCUGAUAUGAAGUUGUUGAAACUCAUAAACUUGAGUGGAAACCCGAAGCUUAAUCUCACAGUUCCAGCCUCUCUUCAGGAACGGCUAAACAGCAAAUCUUUAACACUUAUUUUGGGUGAUACCCUGAAUCCGACUGUGAAAGGCAAGAGUAGUAAGACUCCAGUGGCUGCUAUCGCAGCGUCAGUGGCUGGAGUGUUCGUUCUGGUAGUUAUCUUGGCCAUUUUCUUCGUUGUUAGAAAGAAAAAAACAAAAACCAACGCUGCUCCAGGACCCCCAUCAGCCAGUCCCGGUAUAGCUAAGAGUGAGACAAGAUCAUCCAAUCCAUCAAUCAUAUCAAAGGACCGUAGGAUCACCUACUCCGAGGUACUGAGGAUGACUAAUAACUUCCAGAGGGUUCUUGGCAAAGGAGGGUUUGGAACAGUGUAUCAUGGAAACUUGGAUGAUGCUGAAGUUGCUGUGAAAAUGCUCUCUCAUUCAUCAGCACAAGGUUACAAAGAAUUCAAAGCAGAGGUGGAGCUUCUUUUAAGAGUUCACCACAGACAUUUGGUGGGACUUGUUGGGUACUGUGAUGACGGAGAUAACUUGGCUCUCAUCUAUGAAUACAUGGCAAAUGGAGACCUGAGGGAAAACAUGUCUGGAAAACGAGGAGGCAAUGUCCUAACCUGGGAGAACAGGAUGCAAAUAGCUGUAGAGUCAGCUCAAGGAUUGGAGUAUCUGCACAAUGGAUGUAGGCCUCCUAUGGUCCAUCGAGAUGUGAAAACUACCAACAUCUUGUUGACUGAGCGGUACGGAGCAAAACUAGCCGACUUUGGUCUCUCGAGAUCCUUCCCUAUCGAUGGUGAAUGUCAUGUCUCCACAGUGGUUGCAGGCACACCAGGCUAUCUAGACCCUGAGUACUACAGAACAAAUUGGCUAAGCGAGAAGAGUGACGUGUACAGCUUUGGGGUAGUGCUACUAGAGAUAGUCACAAACCAGCCUGUAAUAGAUAAAACUCGAGAGAGACCUCAUAUCAAUGAAUGGGUUGGGUUCAUGCUCACCAAAGGAGACAUCAGGAGCAUCAUUGACCCGAAAUUGAUGGGGGACUAUGACACAAACGGUGCUUGGAAGAUCGUAGAGCUGGCUAUGGCUUGUGUGAACCCCUCUUCGAACCAGAGACCAAAAAUGGCACACGUUGUGAUGGAGCUAAACGAGUGUGUGGCCUUGGAAAUUGCGAGGAGACAGGGUAGUCAAGAGAUGUACUCAAAUAAUUCGGUUGACUAUAGUCUCUCUGAGUUUGCCCCUGGAGCUAGAUAACUUGAAAAUGUGUUUGAUGUGAUUUUAUGGAGAACUAUUCGGUUUGUUGUUGUUUGUUUUGCUUUCCGUUGUGAAACUCUACAGUUUCUGUUUUGGCAGAAGCAAUGUACGUUCAAUAUAUUUGAA